AUGGCCGACUACAGCUCCCUAAAAGUUCCCGAGCUCAAGAAGCUCCUCACUGAAAGGGGCCUCCCGCAUACCGGCAACAAGGCCGACCUGAUUGCCCGACUUACCGAUAACGACAAUCAGAAGACUGAUGCCAAUGCUGCGCCGGCUGCCUCGAAGGAGCCGGCCGCGGAAGAUGAAAUCGACUAUGAGGACGACGACAUUCCGUCUGCCAAGAAGGACGCCGUAGCAGAGACCGCUGCCGCUGCACCCGCUGCCCCCGAGGCCCCGGCCGAGACGACAGCCGAGUCCACCAAGACAGACCAAACUGCGGCCCAAAAGACCGAGGCUGGCGAGGCCGACCAGCCGGCUGCCGCUGCGGAGGAGCCGGCCAAGCCAGCAUUCACACAGAACCUGCCGCCGACAGAUGCCAAAUCGGAGGCUGAGAAGCGCGCAGCGCGCGCGGCGCGCUUCGGCAUCACCGAGGAAGAGGGACAGUCCGAUGAGGCCAAGAAAGCGGCCCGUGCCGCUCGAUUCGGCGUGGCGAAUGAGGGUGUCUCGGCGCUGGACAGUGCGCUGCCCGACAGGCCGCGUAAGCGUGGACGUGCUGGCGCGGCCGAGGGCGGUGAGGGUGCUAAGGAGCAGGAUGGUGGUGCUAGCAACAAGAGGCCUAACCGUGGUGGCGCUGUUUCUAGUGGAAGGAAUCAACAGCAGGGCGGCCGCGGUGGGAGGCGUCAUGGCGGGAGGAGGCAUGGUGGUGGUGGUGGCGGAAAGACUGGUAGUUCCGCGAGGGGAGUGGAGAAGAAGACCACAGUAGACCCGGCGGAGAAGGCAAAGUUGGAGGCUAGGGCAAAGCGGUUUGCUGCUGCUGCUUGA